UCCAUAAAUCAAUUUAAUUGCUUUGUUAAGCCAUGAAAUUCUUCGUGCUUUUCGCUCUUUGCUUGGCUGCUGCCAGCUCCUCCGUCAUAUCUGAGGAGGAACGUGUUAACGGUGAAAAUGGUUGGUAUGUUCCCCGCGCUGAUGGUUCAUUCGAAUGGUUGGAUCUCGAUGAAGCCGAAGCCUAUAUGAAUGAGGCCGAAAAGAUGGAAGACCGCUUGUACACGAACACAGUCAAAUUCUACUUGUACACCAAGUCGAAUCCCACUACUGCCCAACAAAUCACUUCUACUUCCACUUCCAUAAAUUCUCAUUUCGAUGCCAGACAUCCCACCAGAUUCACCAUUCAUGGUUGGACUUCCAGCAAGGAUGAUUACGUCAACAGUGGCGUUCGCCAUGCUUACUUGGCCAAGGGUGAAUACAACAUGAUUACCGUCGAUUGGGGCCGUGCUCGUUCCAUUGACUAUGCUUCUUCCGUUAUGGCCGUCCCCGGAGUCGGCAAGAAAAUCGCCAGUUUUAUUGAUUUCUUGGUUGAACAUCACGGUUUGAAAUUGGAAGAUUUGGAAAUUAUUGGCCACAGCUUGGGAGCCCAUGUUGCUGGUUUCACUGGCAAGAACAUUGAGCACGGUCAAGCUCAUACCAUCAUUGGUUUGGACCCUGCCUUGCCUUUGUACAGUUACGAUAAGCCUAACAAGCGUUUGUCCAGCACUGAUGCCCACUAUGUUGAGUCUAUCCAAACUAACGGUGGUACUUUGGGAUUCUUGAAACCCAUUGGCAAGGGUGCUUUCUACCCCAACGGUGGCAAGUCUCAACCUGGCUGCGGUGUUGAUGUUACUGGUAGUUGCGCCCACGGUCGUGCUGUCACCUACUAUGUUGAAGCUAUUGAAAAGGAUGACUUUGGCACCAUCAAGUGCGAAAACUACGAAGAUGCUGUUGCCAAGAAAUGCGGUUCUACCUACAGUUCAGUACGUAUGGGUGCCAUGGCCAAUGCUUACAUGGUUGCCGGUGAUUUCUAUGUUCCCGUCAACAGCAAGGCUCCCUUUGGCAAGUUGGAAUAAAUUGACAUCUGCUAAGCUAAAUUGUAAAUAAACUGAUUAUA